GAAAUUUCCUCUUAACUUACUUAUUCUUUUCUUAGACUUGAGUUUCUUUGUAAGUUUCCUCUUUGCCUUUUCUUCCGCAUCGCUUCUUCAAACCUGCACCUUCCUCACUUUUGCCUCUCCACCAAAAUUAUGUCCAUUGACUUAUUCAUCAUGUAUAUAUAUAACCUUAUAGCAAACUCAUGUCUCCCACAUCUCAUCCAAAACCUUUAUUUCAUUUAUUUGCUAAGUUUUUGUCUAAAUCUAACAAAAAAAAAACAUAUGACUGGAAGCCACUUAUAUUGUCUUAUAACCAUGAAGAAGAGUUCCUUGUCCGAAUGCAAACACUCUUCUUUGCCUUUGUUUUGUCUGAUCGAUUUUUUCCUCAUCAGCUUUUUCAAAUGGGUUUCUUUCGCUCAGAUCUUUUUCUCUAGGUUUUGUCCUCUUCUUCUUCAACACCAGCAAUGUGUUACCGAGAAGAAGAGCAAAGAUCUCGAGGUCCAGAGCUCAAUCAAACACGAGGAUGGUAUUUUCGGAGAAGAUGCAGAGAUGGUGAUGAAAAGCUUAGGACUUUUCACCGACUCAGAAAGCGAGGGGCUUCAGAAACGUUACAGCUCCGAGGAACUUACCAACUUGUUUGAAGAGAAAGAGCCGAGCUUGGAGGAAAUGAAGCAAGCUUUUGACGUCUUUGAUGAAAACAGAGAUGGGUUUCUUGAUCCAAUAGAUUUGAAGAGAGUUUUGACCAUCCUUGGCUUAGAGCAAGGAUCUAACCUUGAGAACUGCAGGAGAAUGAUCAGAUCGUUUGACGGAAACAAAGAUGGAAGAAUUGAUUUCUAUGGAUUUGUGAAAUUUAUGGAGAACAACUUCUGCUGAAAUCGUGGUCUCUGAAGUAAUAAUCUUUCAACUUCUGCACUCUUUUUUUUCAACUUCUUUCUUUAAGAUUACGUCUGUUAAUAUGGUUUUCUCAUCACCUUUCUCCUUGUAAAAAUUAUUAAACUUUAAUAUCAGAAGCUCCUAUAGAGCAUUAAACCAAUGAGAUGAGGAAUCAUUGUCACAGACAUGAAUAAUCUUCAACAAGCAAAAGCUUAACCAGUAAUCACAGCAAGAAAAUUAGCACCUAACUUGGUUGUAGAGGCUAAGCCUGAACUCAAGAAAAUUGAACUAGUAGACACUAUUUACAUCUAAAAAACAAUAACUAGAGAACUUAAGGUUUAAAAUCUUCACCAGUAACAAAAAACACUGACCAUUUUGAAAAUGGAACCGGUUGGAAUCUAUGACAACUAAUUAACUGGUUUGAGAACCUAGAGAUAAUACAAUCACCACAUCUAUACUAUUAA